GGACGAAUUUAGCUUUUAUCAUUUUGCAAUUGAAGGCAUUGUUUGUUUUCUGUGUUCCUGUUUUGACACGGAAAAUGACAACCAAACUUAAGACGUUCGGGGCGAUCCGUCAAAAGUUCGUCAAAGUGUGCCAGUCGAAAAGCUACGGAAAUAGCUCCGCAAGAAAAAUGUCUGAUUAUAUACAGUGCCCGUUUAACCGUUUGCAUCAGGUUCCGCCCAAGUCGUUCGGCAAACACCUCGUUAAAUGCCAACGACAGAACCCGGAAAUAAAGCUCGAACGCUGUCCACUCAACUCAUACCACAUGAUGCCGAAAGAAAAGAUCAAGGAACAUCUCCGAACUUGUCCUAGUCGGGGUGAACUAGAGUUGUACCAGAAUACCGUGGCGACCACCGCAUCGAGCGACGCGAAAUAUGAAUCGAAUGCCAUAGAAAACCUGAUUGUAAACACUCCACCGGAAACCGCCGCCGUGGGAUCGCUGCAGGAAGACGAAGAAUGCUGGGAGGAUGAUAACUACAAGCCAUACAAUCCGGUAGAGUACUGCAAAAAGCGACAAGAGAACGAUCCCAGGUUCAUAGUUCCUGCUCCUUGCAAGCUGAUAGGAUUGACAAAUCCUCGGGAUGAUGAUGUUGAAGCGGUAGAAAGUGAACCUCUCAAACAGGAACCGCUUGCGGAAAGUGACACGGAAAGUGCCGCAACCUCGACGUUGAACGAAGAUGUGGAAGCGAACGUGGUAAAAAUUGAACCUCACGAUGCACGAAAAGCAGCAGGACCUUCAAGGAGGCAAGAACACAGUUCUCAUCGUGGGACACCAUAUGUUCGAAACACCAAAAAUGAACAACACGCGGGGGGCUCUUCUAAGCAAACAGUCGGCGGAUACCGAUACUACCACAACACAAACACCUUCCGUAAGGACAAUUCUUUCGACAGCACUGAGAGUUUGGAGAAAACACCUUACAAAUAAGGCACGAGCAAAGCAUUUUCAAGCGAAGGUUGCCGAUCGGAUGCAGCCUACGAGAAUAUGGAAGCAAAUGGACAUAUGGAAGCCUAAAUAGGUUAAGUUUAUCAAUAACUUUGAAGAUCAUACUAUGGUUCAACGCAAAGAAUUUCGAUCUGAAACUCCCAAAAGCACCGACAGUGAUGCAAUAGUCUUAUUGAAACUGAACAAAUGAACAAUUGUAGAGCCAAUACCUAUCAAUAAACGGUUUUCGACAAAACCGUGGA